ACUUACGAAACAUGCCACUUUAGUGAAUAAUAUAUUAGUGACUAAAAUGGUAAUCAAUGCCCCGGCACAGUGAUAAUGUAGUCUGAUAAAAGCAGUUGUGCUCGUAAGGCAUGAAAUAUUCGCCCGCGACAUGUUUAUAUUCUGAUUAUAUAUAAGGUUAUGUUCAUUAAUUAACACAAUGGCAUUUGCAACAAGAAAGUGGUUGGUGAAUUUAAGGAAUUUAAACAAAUACAACAAAUUCGCUGUUUCGAGAAGUAGAUCUUUAUCAUCAUGGAAAUAUUCAAAUUUAAAAAUAAAUAACCAAGAGGAGAAACUUGUGCAGACCAGAUGGAUACACACGACGAAUACAAUUAAUAAAACGGUUGCCUUCAAACUUUCUGAUAUCGGAGAAGGCAUAAGGGAAGUUGUUAUAAAAGAAUGGUUUGUCAAAGAAGGAGAUAAGGUACAACAAUUUGACAACAUAUGCGAAGUUCAAAGUGAUAAAGCCGCGGUGACUAUAACAAGUAGAUACGACGGCGUUGUAACAAAAUUGUAUCAUGCUGUGGAUGAAACUGCACUAGUUGGACAACCUUUAGUCGAUAUUGAAUUAGAAAACUCAGGAGAUGAAAGUACAGCACCAGAAAAACAGACAGAUGACGUUGUGAAAGAUGCAACGAAGGCAGAAAAUAUUAAUACGCAAAAAGUGAAAGUAUUGACAACACCUGCCGUAAGAAGAAUAGCGGCACAAUUCAAAGUAGACUUAAGUACUGUGAACGCUACUGGAAGAAACGGAAGACUGCUUAAAGAAGAUCUUUUGUCAUACCUUAAUAUUAGCGCAGAUAAGUCUAAUGAUGUACCAAAAACCGAUUUUACAGUUGAAGCAAUUUCUAUUCCUGUGACUGAAGCCUCAGCUAAAGCAGAAAUUUUACUAGAAGACAAAAAAGUCCCUGUCACUGGAUUUACGAAGGCUAUGGUGAAAUCUAUGACAGAAGCUAUGAAAAUACCACACUUUGGAUUUAGUGACGAAUAUGAUGUUACAAAUUUGGUGAAAUUUAGAGAAAGCCUGAAGGAAAUAGCUCAAAAACGAAAUGUUAAACUGACUUACAUGCCUAUAAUUAUCAAAGCCGCAUCCCUAACUCUUUCCCAAUUCCCAAUAAUAAAUAGUAGUCUAGACAGCGCUUGCGAAAAUAUUAUUUACAAAGCUAGUCACAACAUAGGUGUGGCAAUGGACACACCAAACGGCUUAGUUGUCCCUGUAAUAAAGAAUGCACAAGCCAAAAGUAUAAUUGAAAUAGCAAAAGAAUUGAAUUCCUUGCAAGAAAAAGGGGCGAAAAAUCAACUAGGGCUCAAUGACCUAACUGGUGGAACAUUCACAAUUUCUAAUAUAGGCAUCGUUGGAGGAACAUAUACAAAGCCAGUAAUAUUGCCACCACAAGUAUCAAUCGGUGCCUUAGGAAAAAUACAGGUAUUACCAAGGUUUGACUCGGAAGGUAAUGUGGUAAAGGCUCACAUUUUAUCAGUGAGUUGGUCGGCAGAUCACAGAGUCAUCGAUGGUGUAACAAUGGCACGAUUUUCCAACCAACUUAAAGAAUAUCUCGAAGAACCCUACAAGCUACUUUUAGAUCUGUAGAUUUAUGUUUUAGUAUUUAAAUUUAUUUGUCACAUUAUUUUACGUUCGAUCAUAUAAUUAUUAAAUAAACAUAUUUUAACUU